GGCUAAGUUGGCUGUGACCAACCGAAAGCAAGGCAAAAAAAAAACAUUAACUACAAUAGUAAUAGGCUUUAUGUUAUUGUGUAUGUUUCGUAAUUUAUGUAUUAAUUUGAUUUCCAUCUAAAUUUUCCAAAUAUGUUUUAAUCAUAUUUAGAAGUAAGUAGUAAGCACGAUGGAUUCAAUUAGCAAGAAGUUCAUCACCGAAAUGUUUUUGGACAGCGACAGUGUUACAUCUAUAAACAGGCUAGUGGUUGCUGCUGCGAAAGUAGUUAAUGAAAACGUUGAAAACAUUUCAACUAUUAAUGAGAUAUUUCAAAAUGAAUAUGAUCAAGGAUUGCUCCCCAACGACACGAACCAGAAAAAAGUUAAAUAUGGACUUUCGGUCUCACGCACAUCGAAGAACUUUUAUGAAGAAAAUAUUAUACAUUUUACUAAUGAUGACUAUGUGGAAUUUUUCAAAAUGAAAAAAAGCACAGUGGAUGCUCUCAUCAACUUUUUGAAAGACUUAAUAAAGGCUGGAAGCAUUGUUCCAUUAGAUAAAAAAGUCCAUGUCUUUCUUUGGCUGUUGAUCAACUCAUCAUCUUGCAGCGAGGUUGGCCUCCUGUUCAACCUGCAUAAAUCAACAGUGAAUGUGAUAUUCCAUGAGAUUGCUACACUGUUAACUGAGCAAAGAUAUAAUAUCAUCAGCUGGCCAUCAAUAGAAGAGCAGCAUCUCACAAGGGUAAAAGUUAAUAAUAGAUUCAAUUUUCCAAAUUGUGUGGGUUUCAUUGACGCUUGCAGAUUAAAGGUAUCAUCUAUAAGAAAUAAAAAAUCAAAACCUGAAAUAAUUCUUCUUCAAGCAGUCUGUGAUGAGUCACUCAUGUUUAUAGAUAUUCAUGUGGGUGAAAUUGGAAGAACAAGGAAAGCAAGAGUAUUUAGAGAUAGUAAACUUGCUCAAGAGCUGAAGAAUUUUAUUGAUUUUGAAAAUCACAUUCUAGGUGAUUCUCAGUAUAAGUUGAGGAAAAAUUUGAUAACUCCUUUUUCAAGUGAAGAAUUACUAACCAGUGAAGAGAUGAAGUUCAAUGAGGUGCACUGGAAAGCUCGCUCAUAUAUUGGUCAUGCAUUUGAGCUGCUUAAAGAGAGAUUUAGAAAGUUAAAUCAUAUUGACAUCAACAGGCCUGAAACUGUUAAAACACUGAUAUAUGCUUCAUGUGUGCUUCAUAACUUUAUUUUACUCCAUGAGGGGUGCCCAGAUUUGAAAGAGGAAGCAAUUGCUUGUAGUGAUGGUGUUGUUAUUGAUACAAAUAUUGUCACAAGUGCAGUUGAAAAGCGCCAGUUUUUAUGCAAUUAUAUUAAUUAUUUGGAAAGUACUUGACCCUUUUGAACGCCAUAAUAAAUAAUGAGGCGCGUCAUUGUGAACCUUGUCAAAAUGCACAAAGGUUGAUAUUGGGAUGUCGCUGCGCGUGUCAGUUGACAUCCUUGGCGACCAAAGAUCAAUUAUCAUUCAAAAAUAAACAUCACUGCACCGGCAACCAAGACAUGGCUACUAUGGUGGUAAUUACAAUGAGGCGUUUUCAGGAUGCAGUGACAAUGGUAUAACUGAAGAAGAAUUGUUCGACAUGAUGGCAGGGUGUUCAUCCUCACACCCUAGGACUUAAACGGUCGCGGACUCUGCGGUUUAAGAGGAAUUUCCUCCCGCGAACGUUUCGGCUGUCGAAUGAGCUUUUUGCCGAGGUUUUCCCGAGGGGCUACAGUAUGGGGUUAUUCAAAAAAGGAGUGUACAGGUUUUUUAAGGGUCGGCACGCGCAUGUAAUACCUCUGGUGUUGCAGGCGUUCAUAGGCUACGGUGACUGCUUACCAUCAGGCGGGCCGUAUGCUUAUUUGCCACCGUCGUGGUAUAAAAAAGAAACUGCCUUAUAAAGCAUUAUAAAAUAAACUAAUAUUUCUCUAGUAA